AUGCUCCUUUCAGAGGUUAUGGAACGAUACAAGUUUGAUCAUCCUCCAAACGAGGACGGGACUACUAAAGAAACGCUGCCUUGUGACAUCUUUAGCAUGACCAUCGGUUCCGGACAUGGCGGACUUGUUGCGAUUCUACUUGGCAAGCUGCGGAUGCCUGUGGACGCAGCGCUUGAGGCGUAUUGUUCAUUAUUAGUGGCGCUUCCGACGAGUCCAGCACAGAGCGACGAAGAGAGAUCACAGAAUGCGACUAGACUAGAGGAAGAGCUCCGGAGGAUCCUAAAUUUUGAAGGGAUUACCCCCGAUGACAUGAUGCAAACGAAUACGAGGAAGACCGAAUCUCACAGAGUUGUCGUUUGCACCGGGCAAACCACGAAUAUGUCCAAUCCUUAUUAUAUUCGCAGUUAUCCAAGUCGCGGUGUACAGACGGCACCAUGUACAAUCUUGCAAGCCGCAAUGGCAUGCAUGGCAGACCCCACGUUAUAUCCACCAGUUACAUUCGGAAAGUUCCACCGAAGAGUUACCCUCAUUGAAGCGCCAGCGAGAUUCGCUAAUCCUACAAAGCUCCUCUUACGCGAGGCUGAAAUCAUCUAUACCGAAAACGGGGGCGUGCGACUCAUUCUCAGCCUAGGCUGUGGUGAUCCGGAGCUACUUACGGUUGAAGAAUACCAUGGAGGACCGGGUCGACUACAGUACGGUGUCGAAUCGGAACAGGUUCAUCAAGAUUUACUCUCUCGACUGAAAGACACGCGCAUUUAUUAUCGACUCCACCCGCGAGGGCAAUUCGGAUUGUCCGAGGACCCCGCCGAUAUCCAGGCUCGCGUUGGUGGUUUCCUGCAGGAUGUAGAUAUCAGCAGCUCUGUGGAUGCUGUUGUGCGUACUAUCGACGAAGGGUGGACACAACAUGCGAUUGCCCUCGGGGAUAUCAACUCGGUACGGAUUUUGGAUAUGGGACUUCCCCCACGGCCAUCGGUCGUACCAAACUUUCUUGGAAGGGAGGAUGUUCUAGCCAAACUUCGAUCCCAUCAUCUGGGUGGCCAUUUUGCGCCAGAGCAGCUCCCAAGAAUUAGCGUACUUGCUGGUAUAGGAGGGUCUGGAAAGACGCAGUGUGCACUAAAAUUCGCCCUUGAUGUGCCAAAUGCAAUGGUCUACUUUGUAGAUGCACGUUCCGAGGAAGCCUUACAACAGGGGCUCCAGAAUAUUGUCUACUCAAUGAAGUCCGGGCUCUCGCAGAGAUGGUCGAGCUCGAUUCUGACUUCCCUCGAGGCGUGGAUGGUCAUACUGGAUAAUGCCGACGAUCCUUCCCUCAAAGUGCUUGAAUACUUCCCGAGAUAUGGAAAUGGAAAUAUUAUCAUCACCACUCGCAAUUCGGCAUACGCAAAUCUCACCUGCAAUUUUCAGGCACUCGAGGCUCUAGAAUCAGACAACAAAGAGUCCGCGCUCGCCAUUAUCAAUGCCCUUGGGCGCCUCCCCUUAGCCAUCGCGCAUGCGGCCGGCUAUAUACGACUUCAUCAGUGUCUCAGGACAUAUCUGGAUAUCUAUAAUGAAAGCCGGCGGCAGCUACUGAGGACAAAAACGAUGGCCAUGUUUGAGUACUACGAGCUUUCGGUGGCGUCGACUAUCCAGAUGUCGCUAGACAAGCUCCCUGUUCCCACACAAUCUCUCCUACGCCUGCUUGCCGAGUUUCACAAUACCGACAUCCCGUUCGACGUUUUCAAAAUAGCAGCAAAGAGGCGGUUCAGUGCACCUGAUCUUCAAGUCGAUAUCCCGGUCGGCGAUAAUGUGCAACGUGAUAGCGAUGCACUAUUAAAUAUUCUCUGUGGAGACGGCAAGUGGUCAGAAGCUCAUUUUAAUGAGCUCAUAGAGCCAUGCUUGAACUACUCGCUUCUGCGAGUUACAAGUAGCGGAGAGACGAGAGUUUUCUCGAUGCAUAUCUUGGUUCAGAGCUGGAUUCAGUCGAUUCACGAAACCACUGAGCAACACCGACUCUUUGUUCGCCUCCUUUCCUCCUCCAUCUCUCGUCAAUCCUGGGCUCAAAUUCAUCUUCAUCGACUCAUUGCACCUCAUAUAAUCCAACGGGUCCUCAUUGACCAAGUCGCAUGGGCGGACAAGUGGGCGCUCGCAUUCGCAAUGGACGAAGUCGGGAACUCUACGUGGUCGCAGAAGCAGCUAAAAGAGGUUCUAGUGCAUGCUGAGACGACUUUUGGCGAUGAGUCUCCGAUAACUCUCGCAAUUAUGACCGACCUUGGGACAAGUUAUGACCGAUCUGGUCCGUAUCGCAUUCAGACGGCUCUCACGCUCCACCAGCGAGUACUCGCUGCUCGACUCAAACUUCGCGGCGAGAAGGAUAUUGAGACGCUAUCAGCAAUGUCCAAUGUGGCCAGCUCGCUGGUAGACAUGUGGAGAAAUAACGAGGCUGAAUCUCUUUACCUAAAGAUAAUCGAGCUUCUGACGGCGACAGUCGGUCCAGAUCACCCAGACGUUCUCAGGGCCGAAAGCCGUCUGGCCACUAUUCUCUUCCGGACUGGUAAGCGGCAACUUGGUUAUUACCGCAAGGUCUCUAUGCUUGAGAGGCUCGAUGGGAAAGACACGGUCACGCAAAUGGAGCAGUUACGCGGCAUGGAGAACAUUGGAACCUCACUCCAUAUUCUUGGCCGAUACCCAGACGCACUCGAGUUAUUCCGGCAACUCUCGAGCGUGAUCAAUCGACUUCUUGGGCCAUAUCAUUCUACUUCUAUACGCAUAAAACUCUCUACGGCUGGGACAUUAUGCCGGCUUGGGAGGUUCGGCGAGGCAACAGAGCACCUUGAACAUGCUUUCAAGCGUCUUCAUCCGUCUUCUGACGGAGACGAGUCGAGCGAGCUUGCUAUUCGUCCAGAGGACAGACGCAAUACUCCAGAGGGGUUGAGUGCACAGCGCUUGAUGUGCUUCGUCCUCUUCUGCGCCGGAAAUCAUGCCGAAGCGGAAGAAAGAUACGCUGCCACGGUAGAGGCUCAUCUGAAAACACUAGGACCGGACCAUCCGCAUACGCAAUGGGUUCAGAAGCCACUGGCUGAAUGGGAGGACCCUACUUUUAUCGAGUACGCGAUACGUAAGCCUGGUUCAGUUGCAGAGGAUGCGUCUUAG